AUGGUGAAGCAGAAGGAGGAUUCGUACCAGGAGGUCGGGGUACGGCACGGUGAAGGACCAGACGCUGGAGCUAUUUCUGUUUUCUGUCUCUAUGUUGAACAACUUGAGAAUAGUAGGCUGAAAGUUAGCCAGUUGGAGCAGGAGCUCCGGCGUGCUCGCCAACAGGUGGUGAUGCAGAUGGCGUUGGGGGGCCUGAAUUCAAUGGUGUUGACCCCGACCACCGUGGCAUUCUCAGUCCCCACGAACACCGAGAAGAUCGUCAAGGCGGCCGCUGAGCAUAGGGACGGGUGGACGGGCGGCGACGUUGGUGGUAAUAAGGCAAGCAUCAGCUUUGGCGACUCUGCCGCCAUGGACAUGCCCAGCCAUGAAGGUAAUAAGUCUGAUUCCCUGGUUUUAUAUGCUGAAGAAUAG